CACUCUCGCCCUACAUAAAGGGCGCAAUGGCCGACAGUUUCCUUCCCCAUCACCGUGAAAUCCUACUUUCGCGCUGCCCACCAGUACUCUCGACCUACAAUACUUGUCUAUUAAUAUCCAAAGUCAACCCUACCUUGCAAGUGGCUGCCCGAAUAUCUCUGUUCUCCUGCUUUACCGUCUAAAGAAAGGAAAAAAGAAAACGAUCUUUUAAUCACGAUAUAUUCCUGCACAAGGACCGACCUUCGAAGUUGCGUGAGAUUUGCGAUGUCAUCACCGGGUUAUUCUCUUCCCGAGGGCUAUGCUCCGGGAAGUUUCUGGUACUAUGCACCCAAUAAACCAGCGCCGAUCGUGUUCUCGAUUCUUUUUACGGUCUCCGGUAUUUGGCACUUUUAUCAAUGUGAGAAAACCUGUCGCUUCAGAAGUUGGAAGGCGACCUCCAUGCUUCCCGUUGCUGCUCUCAUUUUCGUUGCGGGCUUUGUUUUGAGAGCCAUUGGGGCGUGGCACUAUGACAACCUGAAUGUCUUCAUUGCAAGUACAGUGAUGGUGCUUUCUGCGCCACCGUUCUAUGAGGCGGCCAACUUUUUCACACUAGGCCGCAUACUAUACUACGUCGCAUAUCAAGCGCCGAUGCAUCCUGGACGUGUCGUUACGACGUUUUCCUUCCUUCAGAUGGUCGUGGAAGCGCUGAACGGCACGGGGGGUGCUCGUGUCCAGAACGGAACGCUCACUGCACAGCAGCAAAAUGUUGGGAAGGCCAUGCUCAAGACUGCUCUCAUUCUUCAGCUAAUAUGCCAAGCUUGUUUCAUAACUCUUGCCGUGGCUUUCGAAUACCGCUGCCACAGAGCCGGCCUGCUGCCGAAGAGGCUCCGGAACGUCCUUCGAGUUCUUUACCUCUCCUGCCUUCUUAUAACAACCCGCACGGUCUAUCGCACGGUCGAAUGGUUCGAAGACUCUGUGAUCGUCUAUACCGACCCGUCAACCUUCCCGCCCCUCUUCAAGCGCGAAUGGUUCUUCUGGUUCUUUGAAGCCACCCUUAUGGUGAUCAACACCUGGCUUCUGAACCUCUGCCAUCCAAGCCGCUACCUUCCCUCGAACCUCCAUAUUUUUCUUGCUACUGAUGGGGUGGGGGAGAUCCUAGGCCAGGGGUUCAGGACCAAGCGAAACUUCUGGUACUCUAUCAUCGAUCCGUUCGACAUGUGGGGCCUCCUUCCAGGACAGUUCAAGGAGCGGGAGUUGUGGCUUCAGCAGGCGCGGGAAGAGACAGCCGCUCAUCGGGAGGAGAUCAAUGGGAACGGAGCGAGCAACAGUGAGGCCAAGCCAUAGCGCCCAAUUCGCGCAUCAUCUCCCUUGGAUCAUUGUAUGCCGGCUCUGCUCUCCCUUCUUUGUCACGACGAUUAGGACGGCUCAAAACUUCGAAUUUCUUAUGCUUAUCGUCUGUGCAUGAGGUGUUGGUUGUUGAUGUUGUAGUGAGGAAGGCCUGAUGACGUAAGGAUAUGUGUCUAGAGGCUGUGUUGAUACAGUAUGAAGAUUAAUGAAUGUUAAUGAUUUGAUGA